GUUGAGACAAAACAGUUAGCUUCUUCUCUCUCACUACACCAUUGCCAUCGUUCAUCAAUGGCUUCCCUCAAUCUCUCUUCGUUGCAAUCUUUCUCCUUCCAUCGUGUACUCUCUUCUUUUCCCCAAAAUACACCUAACCUUUCCUUCAAUUGCCAACCAAAAACCGCCACGAACGCGCGCCCAAUUUCUCUGAAACCCUACGUUUUAGAGAAGCCUCGCACGCGUGUGGUGGUGCUAGCCGUGAAAAGCCUUGACGAAACGGAGGCAGUGACAGUUUCGCCUGAGAACGACGGCCCUGUGGGAGAAUUGCCGUCGGGCGCUGGCGUCUACGCCGUGUACGACAAAGUAGGCGAAGUUCAGUUCAUCGGUCUGUCGCGAAACAUUGCGGCGAGCGUUUCGUCGCACUGGAAAUCGGUGCCGGAGCUGUGUGGCUCCGUUAAGGCUGGGAUAGUGGAGGAACCAGACAGAGAAGCUCUAACCCACGCAUGGAAGUAUUGGAUGGAAGAGUACAUAAAAGUCAGUGGAAAAGUUCCACCUGGCAAUGAAUCAGGAAAUGCCACUUGGGUCAGGCAGCCACCUAAAAGGAAGCCUGAUCUUCGAUUAACACCUGGUCGCCACAUGCAAUUAACUGUCCCUCUUGAGAACCUUAUUGACACCUUGGUUAAAGAAAACAAGGUAGUUGCAUUCAUUAAGGGCCCUAGAAGUGCACCUUUAUGUGGAUUCUCACAGAGGGUGAUAGCCAUUCUCGAAAGUGAAGCAGUAGAUUAUGAGAGUGUAAAUGUGCUGGAUGAAGAGUAUAACUACGGAUUGAGGGAAACACUUAAAAAGUAUAGCAACUGGCCCACAUUCCCUCAGAUUUUUGUAGAUGGUGAACUUGUUGGGGGUUGUGAUAUAUUGACCUCCAUGUAUGAGAAAGGAGAACUGGCUAGCUUGUUCAAAAAGUAAUUGCAAGUUACCUGCAUUUGGGCAUUCUUUUUGAACUGGGAGGAUAGGAGUGGGGAGUGAGAGAGUAUGGGAAGGGUUUGCGCAGGUCAUUUCAUGCUUUGUUGUAUUAAUUAAUAUUUUAUAUACAUUGAGAGGAGAAAAAAAUGAAAAUUAUCUAUGUAUAUUGCUUUUUAUGCAAAAUGCUUGUCUUUUUUCUGUA